AUGGCGGAGGCUGGACAUGCGAUCGAUUCGCAGAGCGGGACCGGCCAGCGGGCUGUUGGUAUCUCGGUUUCAACUUUUCUCGCGUCGUUGGCGACGGCGAUUAUUAUCUUCGCUGUCGAAUUCGUCAUCUUCCUGAUCCUCAAAAGUAAACUCACAAGAAUCUACCAACCUCGCACAUAUCUUGUACCAGAACGAGAACGCACUGCCGCAUCUCCAGCAGGCCUGUUUCGAUGGAUUAUUCCUGUCUUCCGAACGUCGAACUCGGAGUUUAUCAAGAAAUGCGGACUGGAUGCCUACUUCUUUCUGCGAUAUCUACGAAUGCUCCUUAAGAUCUUUAUCCCUCUCUCGAUCAUCAUCCUCCCGGUGCUGAUUCCCGUGAACAAAGUUGGCGGCAGAGAUAAUAAUUUGGUGAGUCUCAAGAACGAGAAUUUUAUAGAUCGGUAUAAUGUCUCCGGUCUUGAUCAGUUGGCCUGGGGAAACGUGAGACCGGAGGAUAGCCAUCGAUACUGGGCGCACUUGGUCCUCGCCGUCAUCGUGGUUAUCUACGUCUGCGCCAUCUUCUUUGAUGAGUUCAGAGGCUAUAUUCGUUUGCGACAGUCUUAUUUGACCUCUCCCCAACAUCGACUACGCGCUUCGGCAACCACGGUGCUGGUCACUUCUAUCCCCAGCAGAUGGCUAUCUGUCGACGCACUUGAUACAUUGUUUGACGUCUUCCCUGGCGGUGUUCGUAAUAUCUGGCUGAAUCGAGAUCUCGACCAACUCAAUGCCAAAAUUAAGCUACGGAAUCAACUGGCAUUCACACUUGAGUCUGCACAGACCGAACUCAUAAAGAAAUGCAAAAGGGCUCACCUGAAACAAUUGAAAGCCCAGGAAAAGAAAGCAGGAAAGCAGACGAAAGAAAGCAAGGAAAGGACCCAGGCAGAAAAUGACAGGAGGACCACUCAAUUGGUUGAAGGAGCAGGCAUCAGUUCUGGAGAUCCACAUCAAGUUGCCCAUACAGUGCAGGAUUUAUUGCACGCAAAGCGAGGAAAGGUACAACAUGUCGGCUCCAUAAUUCCUAAGGUUGGUCAUAGUGUUGUGGGCAGCUUGAAGAAAAUCGGCGGUGGCGUCGAGGGACGUUUCCACCGCCCAGGUGGAACUGGUGCUAGUCAACAAAAUGCAGAGACAACGACAUUAGAACCUCACGGGAACGGAGAACAUGAUACCGAGAACUUAGAGGCAAGGACCUCCGAGUCCUCGAAUACUCACCAACCUAUGGGCAUGGAUGGGACUGUUUUUGACCACCACGAUGAUGCUCGUCCAUUGACUAUGCCGAGCCCUCAAGUGGGGUCUAAUGUGCCUCAAGACACGAAGCAAACUGGUAAUGACAAGAAGAAGGAUGAAUAUGAUGUGGACGGAGAAUACCCCGUGGCGUACAACGAAGAAUAUGAAGAGGGUGACUAUGGGGAACCUGCCUGGAAGAAGUACAUCAGAGAAAAAGACCGGGAUACUAUGCGUCUACCAAUCUUUGGCUGGGACUGGAUGCCUUCUCUCCCACUCCUAGGCAAAAAGGUUGACACGAUCUAUCAUUGUCGAAAGGAGGUUGCGCGGCUAAACCUGGAGAUUGAGAUUGACCAGCAACAUCCGGAGAAAUUCCCGCUUAUGAAUUCCGCCUUUGUACAGUUUAACCACCAAGUCGCUGCCCACAUGGCCUGCCAGAGUGUUAGCCAUCAUAUACCAAAGCAAAUGACGCCCCGCAUGGUAGAGAUAUCUCCAGAUGAUGUUAUCUGGGACAAUAUGUCGAUUCGAUGGUGGGAGCGAUAUAUCCGAACAUUCGGCAUUAUGGUCAUCGUGGCAGCCAUGGUCAUAGGCUGGGCCUUCCCCGUGGCCUUUACCGGCCUGUUGUCGCAAUUAUCGUAUCUGGAAGGACACUUUGCUUGGUUGAAAUGGCUUGGUAAACUCCCAAAAUGGUUAAUCUCAGCUAUUCAGGGAAUUCUACCUCCACUAUUCCUUUCGAUACUAAUGGCCCUUCUACCCCUUGUCCUCCGGUUUUUAUCCAGGAACCAAGGAGUCCAUACGGGCAUGGCCAUUGAACUAACAGUGCAGAACUACUACUUUGCUUUCCUUUUUGUCCAGAUCUUCUUAGUUGUCUCGAUCUCCUCUGGCUUUUCGAUCAUCCUCGACUCGUUUAGGGAUGUAUUAAGCGUGCCAGACCUUUUAGCCCAAAACAUUCCUAAGGCUAGCAACUACUUCUUCUCUUAUAUGGUCCUACAGGCAAUGUCUGUGAGUGCAGGUGCUUUGGUUCAGAUAUUUGCUUUGAUAAGUUGGUUUGUGCUUGCACCUAUGCUGGAUAAUACCGCGAGAAAGAAAUGGGCUAGAGCAACGAAUCUCAACCAAAUGCAGUGGGGGACCUUCUUUCCCGUUUACACCACACUCGCAUCGAUCGGGUUGAUUUACUGCAUUAUCUCGCCACUCAUCAUGGUCUUCAAUGUUCUCACCUUUGGACUCUUCUGGGUCGUAUAUCGGUAUAACACUCUCUACGUUACUAAGUUCCGUUUUGAUACUGGUGGCCUUUUGUUUCCUCGCGCCAUAAAUCAACUUUUCACCGGGAUUUACGUGAUGGAGGUUUGCCUGAUUGGAAUGUUUUUCCUCGUCAGGAACGAAAAGCAAGAGGUUGCCUGUCAAGGGCAGGCUAUCUGCAUGAUAAUCAUCUUGAUUCUGACCGCACUUUUCCAAUAUUUCCUAAACGAGGCCUUCAACCCCCUAUCACUCUACCUACCUAUUACCCUUGAAGACGAAGCCACCCAGCGGGAUGAAGAGUUUGCACGUGCGCAACGACGCAGGCUAGGCAUUGAGGAGGAGGAUGAAGAAGGGUCCGAUAAGGAUGAUCAGCAAAAGGGCGGCGAGAAGGAUGAGUCUAUCGAAUUAGGUGCGAUGGGCAAAGAACAGGGAGCCGAGCCAUCAUCGCCCCUCUUCCUUAGCUCCCGGCUCAACCGUGUAGUAGGAUCUACGAAAAAGCUGAGGCGGAAAUCAUGGGCUGACCGCUCAUCGAAUAGCCGAUCACCGUUUUUCGGUGGCCGCUCCGAUGCUACCAUGCCUACUAUUCGGACUAUACGCCAAAAGCUAGCUCUGGAUGCUGAAUCUCAGGCCCCAGCUACCCACGCAAUCGGCCAAUCUUUAUUCUCCGGCAUCCACGAUGAGCUUGAAGACCUAACUCCAGAGGAACGUGACCAGCUUGUUCAACGAGCAUUCCAACACGAAGCGCUACGUAUGAGGCGUCCUGUCAUCUGGAUACCCCGAGACGAUAUGGGUGUCAGUGAUGAUGAAAUCUUCCGCACUCAACGACUGACGAAGCAUAUUUGGAUCAGUAACGAGUAUCAGGCGCUGGAUGGCAAGUGUCGAGCUAUUUUCAGUCGAAGCCCUCCUGACUUUUCCGAGGUUGACCUUAUUCAGCUAUGA